GCGAUCGUGUCGAACAGUGGCGCCAUGCUUUUGCACUCCUACGGAGACGAGAUUGACGCGCACGAUUUCGUACUGCGCAUGAACCGAGCGCCGACGCGAGGCUUUGAAAAACACGUGGGGAAGAGGGAAAGCAUUCGCGCGGGGUGGGACAGCACGCAAUUCUUGAGGGCAUUCUGUACUGAACGAGGUGCGGCACUAGAAGCGACGGGAACGUCUUCAAGCGGCGUCGCGGAUGAAUCAGUGAUUGAAGGAGCGAAGAACAGCAGCUCUGCUGGAGGUGCGUCAGCGUCGUCGCGCGAAACCGUCUACGUUCCUGAAGAGUUCAUUCCGAGUCCCGAAUGCAUGCAAGUAACGCAAAAUGAAAACAACGAGCAGGACGUGCAGACCGAGCUGAAAACAGCCGCAGCUGCCCCACCAGACUUGUCAGAGCACACUGUUGCUUCUGUUGCCGAGCAAGAGAAGAGACGAGGGAGCAUCAGCUCAACACGACCUCCCCUAGUUGUACCGUUCAUGAAGACGUGGCAGAACGUCGGCAUCAUAGACGACACUUCGAUCACUCGCUUCCUCCAGGAGCAGUAUGGCGCUUCUGAGGCGUUGGCGUCUCUUCAGGGUGGCGGUGGAGAGACAUCCGGGGCUUACUACGGCGUCAUCUUGCUCUAUGGAUGUGUCAGAGUUGAGAUCGACAAAGUUGAAAUAACUUGUAAUGCAUAAAAUGGAUACCAUUUGGAAGCCCAAUUUCCAAGCGGCGCAUGACAAAUUUCCGGAGCAUCGGAAUCCAAUUUGUCGUGCUGUUUGGGCACAGAAGACCGCUUCUGUCAUGCUCCUUUAGCAGCUCUUUUCCAAACCCUAAAUAGGCUCACAAUCUGCCUCGCUUGCCAUCCCGGCAAGAGAGGCAAUUCAUGCCUUGCAAUUUAUGCAUGAGACAUUAUUUCAACUUUGACGAUUUCAAUUCUGACGCCUCCACAUGCUCGGCUACUGCGACCACGUCGAUUUUUACGAGAUGGCACCGUCGGAAGCGGCCCUGAUAUGCAAGAAAAAACUGUAUGCGGGUAAGUCUGUAAAUGCAAAGCUGCAUGCGACACAGUUACUGUUACACUUGUCAUGCUAGUACAACCCACCAGCCAUGAGGUCCUAUUUCAUGUGCGUUUUCAUGUACUAGCUAUGCAUGACGGGAUUUUUUCCUUGUCAAGCAGAGCAAAUUUGUCAUGCUGUCAAACGAAGACACCUAUAGUAACACAGUUUUUUUCUUCGAUACCUGACGCAACAGAACCACUACUAUUCAUCAUUCUUUGGUGGCGAGAUCCAAGACGAGCGGCCAAGUACGGAGAACGAACCCUGGGGCCGGGGGGCCUUGACGAACAGCUUCCACGCGUGGGUCCUAUGCAUUGCAAAUAUGUCUGGGUCUGUGGAAGAUUGCGCGACUUGUCCUGCUCGGCCAGCACCACCCAAAAGCCUCUCAAUUUUUUUUUUUUUGUGUUAUGCAAAAACACAGUUAUUUCUCAUGCAGAAUAGCAAUAGACAACACCUUCUAGCACCGCAGACGAAACUUGUUAUGCUGGACCGUCAACUGAUUAAUUGUGGCGUCCUCAAGAUGAGCCAACUAGCGUCACAUGUUUCCGGAACCACAUCGAUGACAUGCUUGCAUUUGAUAGGUCCGCGCGGAGCACGAUUUUUUUCGUCGAGUGGCAAUCACACCAGCGGAAGAAAGCCUCCGAACAGGGAAGCUGCGCAUCCAGGGGCUCUCAACACUCAC